AAUUAGAAGAAUUUUUUUUAUUGUGUAUAGAAAAAAAUAAUAAGAAUAUAUAAUAAUGUGGCCAAGAGAAGGAGGUGGGUAUUACAUCAGAGCUGAUUCAGAACUGACCAUAAUGAGGGGGCCUCAAAUUGGAGCAUAUGCCAUUCAUUUCAUCCUUUCCCGUUCCCAAGAUUUUUAUUAUAAAAAAGAGAAUGUUAAAGUCACCAUGGACAGAGAAAAGAGAACAAUAAAGGUAGUGGGUGAAGAUCAUUUGGACGAGGAUGGCGAUGUAUGGGCUCACUUUGAACGCGAAUUCACAGUUCCAUAUGGUUACGACAUGAAAAGAGUUAGCUGUGAAUUUUACAAAGACAUGUUUCUCACUAUUGAGAUCCCAAUUAUAUUAUUUCCAAAGAAAGAAACCCAGAGAUCCAUCUGAGCUAGUAAUCUCAUUCAUAUAUCAUCACUAUGUAAUGUAACUAGAUUGGAAAAUGCUAAAAAUCCCCCACCCUUGCUACCACCCAUGCCCUCUCUACAUUAACAUGUGGUAGGGAGGCAAGAAAAUUAAAAUUAGAGGGUGUGUGGAAAAUAGGUACAGAUAAAUAUGUGGUAGAGAAGUGGGUGGAAGCAAGGUUGGUAGCAAGGGUAGGGGUGUCUAG